AAAUAAACGAUGUAUGUGUCUUCCGGAUCCGUUAAUAUAGCUAGACAUUGGCAGGUUGAAUGGAAGGAAGCAAGACAAGGAACCGUGCCGAUACGGGCCAGUCCAGCCCGGGUGGAGAUACGAAAGACGAUAGCACCCAGACUGACAGCAGAGCACAAGGUUAUGGCCCCAGGUUAUCAAAGGUCAAUCUGUUUACCUUAUUGAGUUUGUGGAUGGAGCUGUUCCCUCGGGAACAGCAUGAAGAGGAUGACAACAGUCAGAUCCGUGGCAUGGGUCUGGUGGUGGUGCGGGACAGUAAGGUGAUGGGACUCCACUGUUCAGGAGCUGAGCUUCACGCAGGACAGGCAGCCAUUAUCCAACAUGGCCCCCGCUUGGCUGACUGUCAGCUGUACUUCUCUAGGAGACCCUGUGCUACCUGCCUCAAGAUGAUCAUCAACGCUGGAGUCAGUCAGAUCUGUUUCUGGCCCGGAGACCCUGAGGUCAGCAUGCUGAGGUCCGCCUCUACAAACCCUUCGGACUCCUCCCACUCCAACAGUCCACCUGGCCGCAUCACGGAGGAGGCGGCGCUAGACGCUGUGGCGACAGAGAAGCUGAAGUCCAACAGCCGCCCUCACAUCUGUGUACUGCUGCAGCCGCUGAUGCCCGGCCUGGCACAGUUUGUUAGCGAGACGUCCAGAGAGUGUGAUUUCAUGGAGAGAGUGACUGAUGACGAACCAGGGCUGAACGCAGAGGAACUCUUCAACGGAGAUCGAACGAAGCACCUGAAGGAUUUCUCCCGACAGUUUCUGGUCGGGACGUCGCAGCAGCACCGGGAGAUCUUGACACAAAUGGGUCUGGAGAACUUCUGCGUGGAGCCCUACUUCUCAAACCUGAGGAGCAACAUGAGGCAGCUGGUGGAGGUUCUGGCCACGGUGGCCGCCGGGGUGCCGCUUCGACACUACAGUUUCUACAGGGAACAGUGUUCAGCCACUGAGCCAUCACCGGCCAAGUCCUCACCGCCCCCUUCUCCUCCUCAUGAAGUAGUAUCCCAAGAAGUGGCUCGCCAUUGCAUUAUCCAAGCCAGACUGCUGGCCUACAGAACAGAGGACCCCAAAGUGGGUGUGGGUGCUGUUAUCUGGGCCAGAGCACACACGGCUGGCUGCGACGGAACGGGGCGCCUGUACCUGGUGGGUUGCGGGUACAACGCUUACCCAGCAGGCUCCAAGUACGCCGAGUACCCACAGAUGGACAACAAGCAGGAGGACCGGCAGAGACGCAAAUACAGAUUCAUCGUCCACGCAGAGCAGAACGCCCUCACCUUCAGGACUCGAGAAUUCAAAGCGGGGGAGCCCACCAUCCUGUUCGUAACCAAGUGUCCGUGUGACGAGUGCGUCCCUCUGAUCAGAGGAGCCGGCAUCACACACGUCUACACCACCGACCAGGACAGGGACAAAGACAAGGGAGACAUUUCCUACAUGAGGUUCAGCAGCAUGAAGGACGUCAACAAGUUCAUAUGGCAGAAGAACCCUUCAGAUUGCUCGGCGUCCUUUCCUCAAGUUGCCAACGGUUGUGUCGGGAAGCACAGCAGACAGACCGAGCGGGAGAGCCACAGCAGCAAGAAGCUGCGCAUCAACAGAUCCCAUGACUUACCUUCUGUCAGCUGAGCAUUGCACCUGCGCAGACGGACAGUUGGAUAAAUGGAGAAACCAAAAAAAAAACUACAGAAUCGUGUUUUUAGAUUAGAUAUUUUACGGUUACUGCUCAAAUUCAUUUGAGAUCAAAUCUGUGCCUGCACAGAAUCUUCCGUUACUUUAUUUGCCCUUAAAUGCAGCUGCUGCAUGUUUAUGUUUCAUACAACACUGACUGAGUGGUACGACCUAAAUCUAAAAUGUGAUAGUUUAACUGCCAUAGGCUGCUCUAUGGAGGAAUUGUUAGUCCAAUCCAAGUCAUUAAGAAGUGAUUGGCAGUGAGUAAAAGAGGUACAAAAUGGAAGGAAGGGACGGAUGGACGGAUCAGUGAUGGACAAGGUAAAGAAUGUGCGGACACUAUUUUUGAAUGAAGGAAAACGGUACAAACUAUGGAACUUUAUUUUCUUAUGUUACAUUACAUUCAGGAAGUGUUCAGACCCCUUUGGAUGACAAUGACCAAACUUGUGAAUUUUUGACAAAGUGAAGUAUUCAGACCGUUUGCUUUGACACUUGACAUCUAGCUCCAGGCUAGCUCCAGUUUCUGUCCCGAGCUCUGCAGGCAGCUCCCUCCUCCUCAUGACUCGGUUUUUGCUGAGAGACUUUAUUUUAUUUGACUUUAUUUCCCUAAUCAUGUCCAAUCAGCUGAAUGAAAGAAUCAAGGUGUAGAAACAUCUCAAGACAUGAUCAAGAGAAAAUAGACAUAGCCAAGUGUCUGAAUACUUUUGUCAAUGCGAUAUUUCAGUUUUUCCUUUUUAAUAAAUUGUUUUUAAAUUUUUAGCAUCAGGCUGCAACAUAAAACCUGAAAGUGGUCUGAACACUUUGUGAAUGCUCUGUAAAUGGUUUAUGAGGUAUUGGGAUAUAAAGACAGCCAUACUGUGUGUGUGUGUGUGUGUGUGUGUGUGUGUGUGCGCGUGUGUGUGCGUGUGUGUGUGUGUGCGUGCUAACACUGCACCAUCUCUCCAUGCACGUGUACACCUGGUGGGUGGUUGCUUGGUUAAACGUUCUAAAGCUGCACGGCUUUUGAUUUAGGUUUUUAUGAUGAAACUGUUCUAUAUAGGAUUUUGCACUAGGUUUGGAUUUCAAGCUUUAAAGAAAGGUACACAUCUUAACUACUGGCAUUUAAGGAAAAAAUGAAAAUAAAAUUCUUAUAAUAGAAAAUAUA